AUGAAAAAAAGAGGUAACCUACAGGAAUUUUUUUUUUCUGUAAUUAAUUACACUUUUUUAUUUAGAAAAAAUUUCCAUAGUAGUAUAAAUAACAUUAACGACAAAAACAGAUAUUAUUUUUGUAUUUAUAUAAAGGAUUUUUCAGCUUCUUAUUCAACUGUUAAUAAUAAUUCAUCAUGCAUAAAUAAUAUCAGGAUAACAAAUAAGUACCUUACAAAAAAAAAAUAUAUCAAAGAUAUUAACCACAACAUUUUUUGUAGAACAAAUGAGAAUAACUAUAGUAUCUUGGCUGAUGUUCUGAUAAAAGAUAAAACCAAUGAAAAUGUUAAAGUGAAUAAUAAUGAAGAUAUAAAAAUUGAUAUUAAAGAAGAAAAGAAAAAGAAGAAAGAAAUUAAAGCAAAAAAAAAAAAAUUAAUAAAGGAAGGGGAAAAAAUAAAUAAAGAGGUUAAAAAGGAAGUUAAGAAAAAUCUUCCAUUUGUUGAGAACAAAACGUUGAUACCUUUAAAAGAAGAAACUAAUAACGUGAACAUCAUUUUGGAUGAAAAAAAUAAUAAAAAAAAAAAGAAAAAAAAAAAUAACAUAAAUGUAAUAAGAGAUAUUAAAGAAGAUAUAAUACAAGAUAAUAAGAAAAAGGAUAUAACCAUAAGUGAUGAAAUAUCAGGUGUUACAAUAAAUAGCGCUGAUAUGAAAGAAAAUGUAAAUUAUAAUAUCAACAGAAACGAAGAUGACCUUACAAUUAAUAUUGAUAAUAAGGUUGUAUGUAGUGAUAUUUCAUUAAAUAAGGAACAUAUAAGUCAUAAUAUUACCAAAGAGAAGAAGAAAGAAAAAAUGAAAAAAAAAAAAGAAUCAAAAGCCCCCAAAAAUAAUGUGUUAAACAAAAAUAAGAAUGAAAUAUGUGUGAAUAGAAAUGAAACUUGUGUGGAUACAAAUAAUGUUUUAAAUAACCAUGAAAAUGAAAUUAUAAAUAAUAAUUUUAAUAAAGAAGAAUAUUUUAAAGAAUUUGAACAAAUAGGAAUAAAAAAUAAUAUAAUAAUAAAAAAAAUAAAUACUAUAGAAGAUAUAAAUAAAUUUGUAAAUAAAUAUGAGAAAUCUUUAGGAUAUUGCAAUAUAUAUGCAUAUAAUAAUUUGUUAUAUGAAAUAUAUGAUAAGUUUUCUAAUAGUGAUAUUAAAAAAGUUAAGAAAUUAAUUAAGAAUUAUAAUAAAUUAACUAAAAAAAAUUUUCAAAAAAAAAUAAAAUUUUUUGAAACUUUCUAUGAAAUAUGUCCAACAAAAUAUAAUGAUGUAUUAACAUGUUUAUUUAUUCAAUCAGUUGAUAUAUUAAAAGCUGAAGAUAUUAGUAAUACAUUUUAUUUUGAUAACAUAUUAAAUAUUAAUAAAGAAGAAAAUGAAAAUGAACAUGAAAAUGAAAAUAUUGAUGUAGCAACAGAAUGUAUUACAACAUCUGAAAAGGUUAACUACGAUUAUUAUAAUUAUGAUUGUGAAAUAACUGAAGAAGAGGAAAAACGAAAAAUUCAUAAUAUAAAUUAUAGGAAGAAUGAAGGUUAUAUAAAUAAUAAAAUUGUGUAUGAUAUUGAUGUAAAGUUUACUAACAAAAAGGAACGUAAUCAUAUUAAUGAAAAUAAUUUUAUUAUAGUAUAUGAUCUUCCAAUAUUAAACUACGAUUUACUUACAAAAGAAUUGAAGGAAACCUUUUCUUUUUGUGGUAAAAUUAAGGCUAUAGAAUUUUUUAAUGACAGGCUAAAAACUGUAGACAUGAAUGUGAUAAAUAAUGAAAAUGAAUGUAAAGAUGUGGGAACUGUAAAUGGUUCCAAAAAUAGUUGUAAGUCUAAGAAUAGAGAUAGUAAUAAUGGCAGGAAGAAGGGGAACCAAAAAGGUAAGGAAAUAAAGUUUGAUAAUAAUGAUAAAAGUAAUGAUAAUAAUAAUAAUAAUGAUAAUAAUAAUAAUAAUAAUAAUAAUGACAAUAAUAAUAAUAAUAAUAAACAAAAGCUUGAUAACAUAUGUAAUUACAAUAUAUAUAAUAAGAACCAGCAAAAUGCCAAUAUUAAUAAGAACAAUGAAAAUAUAAAAAAAAAAGACCCUCAAAAAAUAAAAAAAAUUGUGAAUCCAAACCAGAGUACACAAUUAUAUGGUAUUAUAGAAUUUUAUGACGCUAAAUCAGCUGAUAUGGCAACUAGUGAUUUUUUAAGAAUUUUUGGAAUUUUUUGUUAUAAUAAAUUAAUAUAUGUUGAUAAGUGUGUAAAUAAAAAUAUUAUGAUAAUAACACAUUUACCUUUUCAUCUGAAUAUAUAUAAUAUUUUAUAUUUAUUAUUAAACGCGUCUUUAUACAAUUUUGAUAUAUCUCAUAUCAAAGAAGAAGAAAAAUUAAAUAGCAAAAAAUAUGAUAUGAGAAAAAAUAUUGAAGGAAUAAUAAAUAACAUGUGUAGUAAUGAAGAGAAUAUAAUUAAUGAUAAGAACAAAUUUAUUUCAAAUGAAAAGUUGGAAAUAAUUGAUAAUAAAAUAUUACUUAAGGGAAAUAAAAAAAAAGAAGGAGAACAAAAUUAUAUAUAUAAUAAUGGUGGUUCAUUAGAAAAUGAAUUUGAUUCUUUUCGUCAAGACAAAAAGGAACUGAAUUUAAUAAAUACAGACACUGAAAAGGAUAAUAAUAUUAUAAAUAAUAUAAUGAGUAAUAAUAAAACAUGUGAAAAUGAAACAAACAAUAUGUGUUCAUUUGUUUUAAGAAAUAGUAAUAUUAAAAUUGAAAAUAAUGAUUCUCAUUUUAAAGAGAUAUAUAAAAAUAGUACAGAUAUAUAUAAUUAUAUUUAUGAAAUAUCAAAAAUCAAUUUUAAACAUUUUGAAGAAAAAAUUAAUCGUCAUCUACAAACCAAUAUAAGUUCAAAUAAUAAGAAUAAUAAUAAUAAAAAUUAUGAAUCAUUUGUAGAUUUUUAUCAAAAUAAAAAUAAAAAAAUGAUAACUAGAAAAGUACAUAUAAAUAAUAAUGGAAGAACAUUAAUUUUACAUUUUGAUAAUUUUACAAAUUUAUUUGAAUGUUUAAAAAAAUUUAAAUAUAUUUUUAAGAACAAAAAUUAUAUGAUAUUUUCAUUAAAUCUUAAGAGAUGUAUAUUUUUCAAUGGACAAAUAAAAGAUCAUGUUCAUAUUCAAAAUGAGAGGCGUAAAAUAGGUAUAAAUAUAGACCAGUAG